ACAGAUGACAACUAAAUGUCAGUAUUGUCAAGACAACAGGUACAGGCAGGUCAUAUCAAUAAUAUUGGUAUUUGAUUUCAAAUUAAAAAUAGCAGUUCGAUCGAUAUAUUAAAUAUAAUUCUGGUCCUCAUAAACUGCUAUAGUUAUGAUACGUCUCCUGUAGACGGCAAAGUGAAGCGCUUUUCGGAAUAUAUUGUUUUAUAAAUUAUUGUAAUUAUGGCAAACGCUGUAGCUAAUGUUCAGAAAAAAACAGUUGGCUCUAACAACACAGGGGGCGUGCGCAAGAAGUCGGGACCUAAGUUUGAGUUAUCAGAUGAACAGAGAAAAGAUAUCAAGGAAGCAUUUGAUCUUUUUGAUACAGAAAAUACAGGGAAAAUAGAUACAAAAGAAUUAAAAGUAGCUAUCCGAGCUUUAGGCUUUGAACCUAAGAAGGAAGAAAUUAAAAAGAUGAUUGCAGAAAUAGAUAAAGGUGAUGGAAAAGUAUCAUUUGAAGAUUUCCAAGAGUUGAUGACUGUCAAGAUGGCAGAAAAAGAUACUAAAGAAGAAAUAAUGAAAGCAUUUAAACUGUUUGAUGAUGAUGAGACAGGUAAGAUCUCAUUUAAGAAUCUUAAGAGAGUGGCUAAGGAGCUCGGCGAAAACCUGACAGAUGAGGAACUGCACGAGAUGAUCGAUGAAGCAGACAGAGAUGGCGACGGAGAAAUAAAUCAAGAGGAGUUUUUGCGCAUAAUGAAGAAAACAAGUCUCUAUUAGAAUUUACCGAAGUCUAUGCAACUAUGUGGUAGAUAUGUUCAAAAUAUGUUUGACUGCAACAAAUUACUUAAGUCAUUUACAUAAUGCAAUUAUUUUAAAUUUAAAAUAGACUUAUCUUCUUAAAAUGUAUCUAUCAAAAUUUCCACAGGGUAUCCAGUUUUUAUUUAGCCAGUAUAAUGGAUAAUUUCAUCUACACUACCCAUAAAUAUAAUUAAAUAUCUUUUUGAAUUGGAGACAUAGUUGCCAAUUAAAGAAAAAAAAUAUAUCUUGAUGUUAUCUAGAUAGGCAUAAAUAUACUAAUAGUUCCUUUUACCACCCCAAUAAUUAUUUUUUGGGAAAAAAUAAGAGUAUAAUCUCACUUUUUGUCACAGAUUAGAAAUAUUAAAUGUCUAUGUAGCUAUAAUUUUUUUAUUGUAACUGGUAGCUUAUAUGUAGAUAGAAAACUCACAAAAAUUUAAAGUUUAAAUGGUAACUAAUGCUGAGCAUAAUUAUGUAUUUUAAAAGCCUGUUUUACAAUAUCUUAUUCAAGUUUUUGAUUGAUCUAACUGUUGGAUAAAAUUUUACAGAUCUUACAGAAUAUAUCAGUGACUUAUCAGAUAUUCUGAUCAGGCUUCAUAUUAUUUCUUGAUGUAUUAAGCUUUAUCACUAUACAUUAUCUUGUCUUAGUAUAAGUUUACCACAAGUGUGACCAUUGUUGCUUUAGAAUAUGUUUCCAGUUAUUUUUAGUGGAUGCAAUGAAAAAUUGUUAGUUGUUCACAUUAGUUUUAGUUUAGCGUGUCUCACACAUAAUUCAAUAGUUUAUUUGGUUACAAGAUUUGCACAAAUCGAGUGGGUUUUAAGUAGUUUAUUUUUGUAAUUAAGGUUUUAAUUAGCUCUUACUGUUGUUCAAUCUUAAGAUUUAUAACUUUCUGAUGUCUUAUUGGCAGCAUUUUAAAUGUGUUCAGUGCAUGGCUAUACUCUUACCAACUAAAUAAGUCUAUUAGAAUCUUGCAAGGUUCAAUGUUACACGAUUAAAUAAAAUAAUUUUACUACAACACAAAAUUCAAAUUAUUAUAUUUAUUCAAAAAAGGCAAACAUACAUUCCAAAUAUGUGUAUUAAACAUGUUCAAUACAGGUAAACACUAAUUCUAUAAUAAGUAAGAUCUGAAUCCAAGAUCUGGUUGCUUAGCACAGUGUAUAUGGUUUUAUUGUCUAAGGAAACAAUUUCUCUUAGUUUGUAAGUUUUAAAUUACAUUAAGUUUAAGCUUAAGGCCUAAUACAUACAUAUUUUCUCAAUAAUCAAUGUACUACCUCUAAAAUUGAUUUCUUUAUCAACUUUAUGUAUGUACCUAAUUUUUAUUUGCCAAAGUGUAAUUGUAUCUUUAUUUGAAGUGUUUCUCAUUUGAUUAAAUCAAAGAAGUACAAUAGUUGUUUUCAUUAUAGUAUUUGCUUUUCCUAAUGUUUUUUAUUUGCAAUUUGUUUGCUAUGUAGCAUUUCUUGUUUGAUUUUUCUAUUCUUAUAAUAACUUGUAUGUAAAUAUUUUUUUAAAGAUGUUACAGUUCAUUUAGCAUUAAUAUAAUUUGUUUUAUAGCUACUUACAGUAU